CAAAUAUAUGAAAGACACUGUAAGGGAAACAAUGAUCGCAACUUAACUGGAGUAUUAUUCACAGCUUCCUACUUACAGGAUCUUUAUGCAGGUACAAUGGGGUGUGGAUGUAGCUCUGAAUAUGAAGAUGACUGGAUGGAAAAUUUUGAUAUUUGUGAAAACUGCCAUUUGCCACGGGAAAAGUCACAAAUGAUCACACGAUAUGAUGUACAAGAUCCAUUGGUUUCAUACAUGUCCCAAGUCCCUCCGAAUUCUCCACUUCACGAUAACCAGGUGGUAGCUUUAUAUGACUAUGAACCUGUGCAUACUGGUGACCUUGGCUUUAAGGCUGGAGACAGGUUGCAGAUUCUGGAAUCCAAUGGUGAAUGGUGGAAAGCCAGGUCACUAAACACAGGAGAGGAGGGACUGAUACCAUUCAACUUUGUGGCAGCCAUAAGCGGAAUAGCCUCGGAGCCUUGGUUCUUCAAAAACCUCGGACGGAAAGAUGCAGAGCGUCAGCUUUUAGCUCCAGGAAAUCAGCAA